UUAUAAAUAACACAUUAUUGCAAUUACCAAACCCAAUCACACCUUACAACCGACACUACAACAAUCAGCACAAAAAUCAUCAUGUGCACCACAAAAUGCCUGCUUUUUCUUUCCUCCCUUAUCCUCCUCCACUUCACUUCAACUUAUGCUCUUCAUCAUAACUAUUACCGCCACUCCUGCCCGAAUGUUGAGUCCAUCGUCCGCUCCGCCGUCAAUAAGAAAUUCCACCAUACAUUCGUGACGGCUCCGGCCACUCUCCGGCUCUUUUUCCACGACUGUUUCGUCCAGGGCUGUGAUGCUUCGGUCAUGCUGGCUUCAGGAAACCGGGGAUCGGAGAAGGAUAGUUCGGAUAAUCUUUCACUCGCCGGCGAUGGGUUUGACACGGUGAUCAAAGCCAAAGCUGCCGUUGAUAGUGUCCCCAGUUGCCGGAAUAAGGUUUCGUGUGCUGAUAUCUUGGCCUUGGCCACCAGGGAUGUGGUUGUUUUGGCAGGGGGACCAUACUAUGAUGUGGAAUUAGGAAGACUUGAUGGGAGGUUCUCUUCCAAGGCUGGUGUCUUCCACCAUCUCCCUUCUCCUGAUUUUAAUCUGGACCAGCUCUCUUCCUUGUUUGCCAAACAUGGCCUAUCUCUCACUGAUUUAGUCGCACUAUCAGGAGCACAUUCUCUGGGGUUCGCACACUGCGGCCGAUUCUCCAACCGGAUCUACAACUUCAAAAGCAAGAACAAGAUAGACCCGACACUUAACCCGGUAUACGCAAAGGAGCUCCAACAAAUGUGCCCGAAAAGGGUUGACCCGAGAAUCGCCAUUAACAUGGACCCAGUAACACCUCGAGCAUUUGACAACGUGUACUACAAGAAUCUUCAGCAGGGGAAGGGUCUUUUCACCUCUGAUCAAUGUUUGUUUACCGACAAGAGAUCGAGAAAUAUUGUCAACUUUUUUGCUUCCAGCAACUCAGGCUUCAGAAGGGCUUUUGUUGCUGCCAUUACUAAGCUUGGGCGGGUCGGGGUUAAGACUGGAGGACAAGGUGAAAUUAGGCGCGAUUGUACCAUGGUGAACUAGUAUUUACCCCCAAAAUAAAUUAUUUUAACUCAAUGUGUACGUUUAUUUGAAUUUUAAUUAUAGCAGUUAUAUAUUAUCACUCCCGUCCCAUAUUGGGAAGAUCAGUUGUUCAUUGUUUAGUUACUACGUGAACCUGUGCUUUAUAAAUAAUUAUAAAAAAGUUUUAAAUGGACUAGUCCUUUUGAGAUA